UUCCUCACCAUUCUCUAAACGAGUCACGACAAGUUAUCACGUCGGUUGUUCCCGAGUCGUGUUUGCGAUCCUGGCCCUCCGAUUGGACGAAGUCGUCCUUUGUUGGGCCACCGGUCCGCAUCGCGUUUUGCUAACGUUUGGAUCUAAGUGCACGAGCCGCCGGCAUUUUCCACCGAGAUCCGGACAGAAUGCAAUCGCGCGACUCAACUCGUGAGCACUCUCCAAAUUUAUUUCUGUCGAUACUGGCAAUCCUCGGAAUUGUCGAAACGCUGCACCGUUCAGCUCUGUUCCGGGUUCCGGCAGCAGCUUCUUUCAAAACGUUAUUUCGGGUGGUCGGUCGCCGUGAUUAGAUUUCUUGUAAAUAAAACUCGCGGUUGAUAGAAAGUUGUGAUGAGAAAGAGGGACUAGCAGUAAUGGCAUCCGCACUGGAGCAGUUUGUAAAUAACGUUCGGACACUUUCAUCUCAAGGUUAUUUUCGAGAGUUAUGCGACGUUAUAAGCAAGUCCACGGAAGUGCUUGUAAAGAAUGUACAGCAUUUAGAUAUUGUUCUGGAAACGUUAGAUCUGCAACAACACUCUUUAGGUAUCCUGGCGGUACUUUGUGCAAAAUUUUCUUUAUCGAAUUCGAGCGGAGCGAGUACCCCCAAUUUCCAUAAGCACUUAUUCAAUCAAGUCCGAGAAUUCAUUCUUGAGUGCAACGCGGAACAAAUUCGAUUUGCCCCGGAUACUUAUGCAGAACUGUGUCAUCUAUUUACUCAGUCAUUGGUUCAACAAGAAACGCCGAUUCGAGGUAUCGAGUUGCUGCGCCGUGCUAUACGUAAGAUCCAAUUGUUCGACAAUCUGUUGACAUCUAUACAUGCCGAUCUCUGCCAACUUUGCCUUCUCUCAAAGUGUUUUAAACCAGCACUUGAGUUCCUCGACACUGAUGUUAUGGUCAUCAAUCAAGAAGUUGGGCAAUUUGACUCAAAAUAUUUCUUACUUUACUACUACUACGGCGGAAUGAUUUACACUGCUUUGAAAAACUAUGAUCGGGCGUUAUACUUCUUUGAAGUUGGCGUUACAACACCUGCAGUAGCUGUGAGCCACAUUAUGCUUGAGGCCUACAAAAAAUAUAUUUUGGUCUCGCUCAUUUUACAUGGAAAAUUAAUACCACCACCAUAUGCAAGUCGCGUGGUGAAUAGGUUUAUCAAAUCCUUGAGUCACGCAUACCAGGAACUGGCUACGGCCUAUGCAACGAACAGUUGCGAAGCGGUACAAAGCAUCAUUACUAAAUAUCAAGACCUGUUCACACGGGACAUCAAUCUAGGUUUGGCUGAGCAGGUGCUCAGUUAUUUAUACAAAAAGAAUAUACAAAGGCUGACAAAGACUUUUUUGACUCUUAGUUUGAGCGAUGUCGCUAGUAGAGUUCAGUUACCAGGACCUGCGGAUGCUGAGCGGUAUAUUUUAAAUAUGAUCGAAGAUGGAGAAAUUUUUGCCACGAUAAAUCAGAAGGACGGUAUGGUAGUAUUUCACGAUGACCCAGAGAAGUAUAAUUCUCCGCGUAUGUUAGCAAAGCUAGAGAAAGAGAUGGCUGCUUGCGUCGAGUUAGACAAAAGAGUACUCGAGCUGGAAGAAGAAGUCAUCGUUAUGCCACAAUAUGUUCGAAAAGCCUGUGGACAAAAUGAUCAAGAUGAUCAGUCAACUGGCCCGCCAUCGACAAAUGUAACAAAUGCUCAGGGCCAAACCAAACACAACACCUACUCUAUGUAACAUACAUAACUACGUCAUUGUGCGUUACCUUCAUUAAAACGGAAAACAAAACACCUUGUUGAAGACCAAGCAUGCUAAAAAACAUUUUGAGGCCUGUUUUGGAUGCAACUCUUCAGAAAAAGAUGAACAUUAAAUAAUUUUUUUUUGUCGAAUUAUUUAAUAAAAACAAUGGCGUCAAUGAAAACCUUCCAAAUUGAACAAGAUAAAGAAAGGUGUAGAAAUAUGUUGAGUAUAUAAAUAAUCAUUAAAGUGAAACGAGAUUUCGUAAAAUGAUUAACUUUAAAAUAUUUGAACGAUUAUAAAAAGAAAAUUGGGGUUACUUACCUCGUUUCAGUUUCUUUUUUGAUAUCAACGAAGAAUUACCAAACACCAAAAUGUAACACAUUGCUAUCGUACACAGAAUGCUUGUAAAGAAUUCUUUUCAACUAUAAACAGGGUGUUUAGGAUGUCUUGUAAAAGUUAAAGAACUAUUGACAGAUAGUAUCCGAAACAGGUUUAGCGUGCCGAUCUCCUGGCAAAAUGUACAUGCUAUGGUUGGAAUUGUGAUAUAUAAUAACGUGCCGGAGCGUUGUGAUAAGGACUAAGAACAUCAUACUUGUUCGUACAGGGGCAUUAUAUUACGCACAUUUGGAAGCUGAUAAUGCACCAAUGAUUGUGCGAACAAACGUUACCGUGGAAGGAGAGACCGUAAAAGCGAAUUUAACGUAGCUUUUAACGGUGGUUCAUUGGUUGAAUAAAACAUUUUGAGUGUAUGCAUUACAUACUAAUGCUCAAUGCAUGAAUACGGGGUGAUAUUCGCUUCAAAGAAAAACCAAAAGUGAUCGGUUCAUAUAAAAUUAAAUACACAGAAGUAGCAUGCCAUAAGGUUGCUAUAAACUUACAGAAUAAAUAGGAAACAAAUAACUGAAGUAAACACCUUUAUUAUGUAAAGAAAAA